UUUUACAACAUGACAACUCAUUUUCAGACACAUAAGCCAAGCAACGAUCAAGUAUAGAUAUAUACUAUCAAAUAGUCAUAUAUGACAUACCAAUAUAAAAUAAUAAGUGUUUUUUUUUUUAAUGUAUGUGCGUAGUGCGUGUAUAGAUCAACCAAGUAGUUCAGAUUUGAAGAGACCUAAAAUGAAAAUAUCUGCUCUUGGUCGUGGUGGCUCCUCCCCUUUAUCCGCUUGUUUCCAUCCUUCCGCCACCGCGACAAACGAUGAUCUACCGUCGUCUGCUCCAUCGCCGUCAUAUUUCUCCGGUGACCUUCCGAAUCCUACCACCACCACUUGCCAUUACCACACUAACGUCGGUGUUUUCUUCCUCACAUGGUCUCAAGCCUUCCUCCGUCGCUCUCUCCACCUUCAUUUCUACUCCUGCCACUCCGUAAAUUGCUAUCUUCACUCUCCGGAUUGCUACCGCCACUCCGUUCCCUUCACUUUCCGGCUCGAAGUCAAGCCCUUGACCUUCUGGAGAAAACAUGGAUCCAAGAAGAUAUCUCGAAAACCCGAUAUUCGGAUCGUAUGGGACCUGACUCAUGCAAGAUUUGGAUUAGGACCUGACCCUGAAUCCGGGUUUUACGUAGCUGUUAUCGUAUCCGGCGAAGUGGGUCUUCUCGUUGGCGAUGGAAACGUGAAAGAGAGGCCUAGGAGACAAGUCUUGGUGUCCAAGAGAGAGAAUCUGUUUGGAAACAGAGUUUACUCUACGAAAAUCAAGAUCCAAGGAAAACUAAGAGACAUUAGCAUAGACGUUAAGGUUGUUAACGACGAUGCUAGUCUUCGGUUUAGCGUAGAUGAUAAGAGUGUUUUAAAGAUUAAUCAGCUUCAGUGGAAAUUUAGAGGGAACACAAAGAUAGUGAUCGAUGGUGUGACGAUACAAAUAUCGUGGGAUGUAUACAACUGGCUUUUUGGUGACAAGGAUAAGGUUAAACCGGAUAAGACACCCGCGGUGUUCUUACUACGGUUUGAGAACCAAGAGGUUGAAGGAAACGACGCGUUGAUGAUGAACAAGCGAGUAAGAGACAACGUUGUUUUGCGGAAGGAGAACUCUCCAACACCGUCGUUUUGGGAGACUUCGUAUGGUCAUUGGUCUUCUUCUAGGAUGUCUUCUGUGAUGGAGUGGUCUAGUUGUAGAGAGGAAGAUGAGAGGAGCUUUGGGUGUAAGAGUUGGUUCUCUUUGGUUAUCUACGCUUGGAGAAAGUAACAAGAUCAGUCUGAUCAAAUCAUUUUUAUCAUUUUUUCUUUUGUAUAUAGAUCAAUCAACUGGAUAUGAGGGUACACGAAAGUGUGUAAGAAUCAGAGUUUUAUACUCUUUGACAAGAAAACUUUGAUAUUAGUUUGUAAUGUCUACAAAUUAAAGGGUUUAUAGGUCAAACUUCGAA